AUGUCAUUGGGGCAGGGACAUAGCAGUGUCAUACAGGGAAUAACUGACUCGGGGCUGGUGAUACUGAACGCUGCUGGAGAGGAGACAGAUGAGGAAGACUACGACUCUGACUACACUUACGAUUCAGAUAUAGUCACCAGAGAUGCGCAGGCAGAGUGGGAGGAGAAUCUAGUCCAGCUAAAGACUUUGCUUAAUUUUGUACUCUUGCCUGUUAUAGGCAAGGUGCUUGGAAGGCGGUUUGCGAAUAGUCUGUGGGGGGCCAUAGCAGAGAGGAUAUUUUGA